CUUCAUACUCGAUACAAAUUUGGUGUGCUUUUCGUGAAAGAAGGUCAAACAAAAGAAGAAGAAUGGUUCUCCAAUGAACAUGAUUCUACUGCAUUAGAUCACUUUUUAUCUAUUAUUGGCCAGCGUGUACCUUUAGUAGGAUAUAAAGGUUGGACUGGUGGAUUGGAUAGGAAAACUGGUGACUCUGGUGGAUAUACAUAUGUCAAUACAUGGCAAGAAGAACAUUCUAUUGCAUAUCAUGUCUCUACUCUACUUCCUUCAAACCAAGGUGACAAGCAACAAAUCCAACGAAAAAGACAUAUUGGAAAUGAUAUUGUUUGUCUUGUAUUUGUGGAGGGAAAGCAACCAUUCAAUCCUGCUGCAAUCAAAUCUCAAUUCUUACAUGUAUUUAUUGUAGUUCACAAAGAUGAAUGGGAUGGUCGUAGUAUUUGGAGGGUUGAAAUUGCUAGUGUUGAUAGUGUCCCCAAUUUUGGACCACCUUUACCUGAUGGUGGUAUUUUUUAUGACGACUCGGAAUUACAAUCAUUUUUGCUGGCAAAACUGAUCAAUGCCGAGUAUUCUGCAUUGAAAUCACCCAAAUUUGCUCAACCGUUGACCCGUGCUCGAGAAGGAAUCUUGACCAACAUAGUGGAGCGUGGAUACAAACUAGCUCAAGAUCCUGAUAUCCGUACCGUUCAUUCAUCCAGACAUAGCAAGUCACCAUCAAGUUCUUCGGAUCGUAGUUCUCGUAGUUCCAAAAGUAAUCCUAGCGACAAUAAUGGGCAUUCUCAUCGGGAUAUAUCACCUGCUCCUUCUCGGUCAAGUGUCAUCAAGGAUCUAUCUGAAGGCAUUGUGGGAAUAGGACGGAGACGAAAAAACAAUCAAUAUCCAAGCAAACAAGGAUUUGAUGAAAUUGUACAAUCUUAUUUGGAUAAUCUUUCAUUCAAGAAACGGGAUAAAGCUUUGAUUGAUCGACAGCGUUAUGAAUUGAUUCUUCAAGUAUUACAAGAACCGAAAAAUACUUCUGUUUCUACCGCACAAUUUCGUUUUUGGGUCAAGAAAAUGUUCCAGUUGGUCUCACAUAGUGGUCGAUUGGUAGUAUGUCAUGACAACAAACCAGUUGCUAUGAGGGAACAAAUAUAUCAAAUUCUUAUCUGGGCUCAUCGUCAAUCGCAUCAUGGUGGUCGUGACAAAACUUCUACUUUGGUGCGACGCCGAUUCUCAUGGAUUCCAAAAGAGUUGAUUGCUCGUUUUGUUCGACAUUGUCCUUUUUGUAUCACCCGACGCAAUGGCCAUGCGGAU